UUCCCUGUUCCACCUUUUGAAAGCGGUGGGGAAAGCUGCCUAGAGAAGUGAGAACGACGUCAGCUAUUGACCAAUGGGAAGAGUUGAUGGUAUGGCGUGGGAGCAAGAGUGACAACGAUUGGUCAGCCUUGCAUCUCUACGCCUAAGGCGGGAGCUCCUGGAGGCGGAGGCAGCCCGUGGGGGCCUAGUGGAGUGAGGGGUAACAAGAUGGCGACCGAAACGGUGGAGCUCCAUAAGCUGAAGCUUGCUGAACUAAAGCAAGAAUGUCUUGCUCGUGGUUUGGAGACCAAGGGAAUAAAGCAAGAUCUUAUCCACAGACUCCAGGCAUAUCUUGAAGAACAUGCUGAAGAGGAGGCAAAUGAAGAAGAUGUACUGGGAGAUGAAACAGAGGAAGAAGAAACAAAGCCCAUUGAGCUGCCUGUCAAAGAGGAAGAACCCCCUGAAAAAACUGCUGAUGUGGCAGCAGAGAAGAAAGUGGUGAAAAUUACAUCUGAAAUACCACAGACUGAGAGAAUGCAGAAGAGGGCCGAACGAUUCAAUGUACCUGUGAGCUUGGAGAGUAAGAAAGCUGCUCGGGCAGCUAGGUUUGGGAUUUCUUCAGUUCCAACAAAAGGUCUGUCAUCUGAUAACAAACCUAUGGUUAACUUGGAUAAGCUGAAGGAAAGAGCUCAAAGAUUUGGUUUGAAUGUCUCUUCAAUCUCCAGAAAGGUAUUGUUUUCAAGGGCUCAGUUUGGAACUGUAUUCUACAAUGGAAAAUACAUGAUAUCUGAAGAUGAUGAGAAACUGAAAAAGAGGAAGGAGCGAUUUGGGAUUGUCACAAGUUCAGCUGGAACUGGAACCACAGAGGAUACAGAGGUUGAAGUGCUGGAUUGUGUCAUGUGACCAUCCCAAAACUCAGAGCACCCUAUGGCCAUCUUUGCCCUCUGUCACAUAACUUGAAAACUGCCUGAUGGCCUUUUUGCAGUGGUUCCCUCCAGGAAGCCUUGAUCUCAGUUGAAGAAGUUCUUUCCCGGCAUUCCAGUGCCCCUGUCAGCUCCAUACUCCUCAGACACCCUUAACAAAGGCUGUCAUGCACACAUUAUAACAAAUACACAAAAUAAAUGAUAAUUACACUAAUAAUGAUAUGUUCAGAGGGGCACUGGCCAGGUCCACACAUAUCAUAGGUGGGAGGGGGUGCUAACUCCCACUGGGUUGCUGAGCUGUCCCCCAAGCCCCUUUACUCCAUGCCUCUUUGGGGGUAGGAAGGAACAGGGGAAUGAGAGUUCAGCUCACAGAUUUAUGUUCAUAAGAGAAAGACCCCUGCCCCCGCCACCACACACACACACAAAGGUCUUUAUUUGGUGGUAUUAAAGGGGCAGUAUUCUAAGUGUCCCCCAUAUUUAAUGGCCCAGCUCUCUAGAAUCUGUAGAAGGAAGUUAUACCUGAUGCUUAUUGCCCAAUACCUACUCUGCGAAGAUCAAGAGGCAUUUGACCUUGGAGGGAGAUACCUGUUCUUCACUUCUCUGUUCCUUUCCUUCCACCAAGGAAAUGUGAGUGGUGUUGAUGGCCAGGUGUGUCUUGUUCUCCAGGAUUGGGGCAGAAGGAAGGAUGAAGAACAGGGCCAGAGAGGCUUGGGGGUAGCAUAGCUGCUAUAUGGGUGAAGGCAAGCUGAAGAGCCUAACAGUCCCUGCCCAUUCCUCUACUGAAACACCUUGUUUCACUUUCUCACUAUAAGAAUAGGAAUAAGAUGUUAAAGCUCACCAACAUCACCUUCUCAAGGGUGGUCACAUACCUUUGCCCCUUCCACCAACUGGCCAAGAGGGAGAGUCAUGCUCUUGGGAAGAAUGAGCCAUCCAAGUUUGCUCACCAGCUUGGGCUUUACUUUAGUUCAGUACUGUUUUUAUCAGACCCAUAACUGCUGGCUCUACUUAGAGUGACAGUUUUGCUGAAGGUUCUUACCCCACCUCUCCUGACAUCCUCUAAGCUCUUGCCUGGAGCCAAGAGGCGUGGUGGUGAAGUAAGGAUAGGGUGUGGAUCAGGAGAUUCUCAACUUGGCUUCUAGGCACUGUCCAGCUGGGAGGCAGAGGGGAACUUGUACUCUGAAGCCUGUGACUCCUCUUAAGCCUCACAUCUCUUCACCACUACUCUGGUGCCCUGGUUAUCUGUCCCACAGCGAGAGGUAUUUUAUGUCCAUAAAGUGCCAGUGGUAAGUGCUCAGAAUUCAUCUCUUGGCUGUGGCGGGUGCUGUCAUUUCUCAUUCCAUUGAGGGGAAGAAACUGAGGCACAGCGAGUCCAGAGGAGAAUGGGUCAGGGUUGUGGGAGGAAUUAAUGGGCCUAGCUAGUAACUUGAAAUGGCAACCAGUCUCUGCCUGCUUCCUAGCCUUCCAAACCCAGGAGUCUCCAUCCUUCCCAUCCUCUGUUCUAACUGGCCUUGUCAGAUGCUUUUCCCCACUGUACUUUCCCCUCCCUGCUGCCAGGUACUGUUAGAUUCCAAAAAUAAAAGGAAAAUAAUUAUACACUCUGCUUCCUUGUUCUCCCCUCUUCCACCCUGAGCUUUGGGGUUAGGGGACUAAAAUAUCCCCCUUCCAGAAUCCCUCCCACCUUGGUCUGCUGGCUUUAUUCCCUAGCCCAGAGCAGUGAUUUGGAUUCAAAUGCCCUGUAACCUUCAGCCUCCUUACUGCUCUUUUCUCGACCUCUCCUAAUGCUUUCCAGACCCAGGGGACUCUAGGGUCUCUAUACUCUUUCUUACUGACCUGAAGAUAGAGGCUGGGAGCAGGGCCAUUCCAGAGGCUCUUUGGUCUCUCUCUUGGCUGAGGGAAUUUGGGCUUAAGCAGGCUGCACCCUCUGGCUAAGUAACUCAGUAUCAUGAGGGUUGACCUGAGGGUUUAAAGUAGCUCUCAUUAUAUAGAUCCUGGAUGUUGAGGGUUCUCUCUCCCACCCCCCCAUCCCCAGCUCUUAAACCCUAACCUCUUACUAUUUCCAUGACAACUGGCUUAAAUUCAACCCAUUUGGCUCAGAAAAGGUUGAGUGAGGGUGAUAAUGGGUUAGAAACUAAACUUCAUGUGUCGGCCCUCUUGCCCUUUACUCCCAUUUCCAACCCUGGAGGCUUUAUACAAGUGCUUAAGUGGGUAGGUGUUGGGGAGAGCAGGGUUUGGGGAAUAAGGGAUAAAUGGGGCACAGUGGGCAGGGGCCCUCCUAUUCCAGUAAAGCCAAAUACCAAAAAAA